AUGUUGAGCACCCCCGAUAGAAAAACUAAAUUACCAACGCUUGCGACCCAAAAAGGCUACCAAAAGAACAUUGCCAGUGAAAAAAAAAAAUUCUUAAAAAAAGAUCUGAACGUGAAGACCACGUGUUACGAAUACACUCAGACAGCAUCAAAAGAUGGGUACCGUAACGACAAUGACUGCCCUGAAGAUAAAUGCCGUUAUAAUUGUGAUCACGAUUAUGCUUCCCCAACGAUGAUAAUACCACUACCUACCAACGAAGCCGCAUCAUCAAGAUUCUACAAAAAUGAAUUAAAACAAAUACGAAGUUAA